AAUAAAAAUAAGUGAGUUAUUAAAUUUAUUAAUUUUACAGAAAAGAAUUUGAAAAAGUAUUUGUAAUAUAAAUAAUGAGAAUAAUCAAACAAAAUUGACAAAGAGAAACAGAAGAAUCGCGCGUUUUCGCGCCAUUUCAUGCCAAGUGAAUGCAGAGUUUUGCAGAUCAUAGCCCUGUUCUUCGCUAUCCCUCGCUUUAUUCUCACUGGCUCCUCGCGAUAUAAAUAUUCAACAUGGGUCGUCCCUCAAGUCUUCUAUCUCUUUCUUCGUGUGUUCCUCGUUUUCUGUUCUUUCUCUUAUAACACUCUUCAUUACCACCCAAGCCACUCAGCCUCUCUCUUUUCAACUUCUUCAAUCUUGCAAAUCGAGAUUACUGAAGCAUCAAAAAAAGAUCAUAAAUUAUUUUAUAUAAAAUUUAAUAAAAUUUCUACCGGCAAAAUUCAAAAGUUAAAUAUUCAUUUCAAACAAAUUUAAUAAAAUAUCUGAAAUAAAUAACAAUUAUAUUCAAAAUUAUUAAUUCAUUUCAUGAAUUUCAAUUUCUUUACUUUCAGAAAUCACUAAAAGAAGGAGCUAAGAAAAUUAAAUGAAAAUAUAAAAAAUGUUCAAAUUCCAGUUUUAUCUAUAUUCUAUUUUUUUUCUUUUCAUGUUCACAGUUUUGACAGUGGUUACAACUUUUGUAGCUCCCUGAUCAUGAUCCUCAAUCUCCCAAGCCCCCUUUCAGUAUAUCCUUUUCUUUCCAACAGCCAAGUUUUGUGGGUGGGGACUAACUGACAGACACGAUGGAUAAAAGAAACCGUCCCAGAGCAUUGGAGGGGUUUAUAUAGGCGGAUAGAGGGGUCAGGUAGGGGAACAGCUCCAUAGUCGAAGGCGGGGUUCCUGGUUGACAUGAAGAGGCAGUCCGAGGGCUGGUUCUUUCAGAUGAGUCUGAACUUUCGAGCAGAGACGUAUGCUCAUUUAUAAGCCUGCUAUAAAUGUAUCGAUACUAUAUUAAUGCCGAGCGUGUGUCCUAUAAUAACCCAAAUCCUUUCAUAAAAAAAUUACUCCAUAAAGAAUCCUUUGAAAUCCUUGAAAUUAGGUAUAAUUUUAUUCAAACAGGUUCAAAGUGCUUGGGACGAGUUCUAGUGAGUGAUGUCUAAGUGUUUAAUUAUUAACUAAUAGCCAAAGUGAAGUUUGAUGAAGAUCAUGCAGACCACGCAACCAGUGAGUCUCCAGACGCAAAGGAUCCAGGGACUCUAUCUUCUGGACAAUAAUGACAGCUCUGGAAUUCCUCACAGUGCUGAAAGCUCAGCUAGUAACUCUCCCGAUCAUUAUGAGAGAUUUUCCCCUUCGACACACUUAAUGGAUCUAAGCAGUCCACCUGAACAUAGGGAUUUACCUAUAUAUCAAUCUCAUCAUCAUCUUCAUCAUCAUCAAGUACUUUAUCAACAAUCCUCUUACCUGAUGUAUGAAAAUCCUGAUGAGGAAAAAAGAUAUCAAGAACAUCCCAAUGGAAAAAUCCUUAGGGAACUUCAAACUGACUAUGAUAGACGUCUUCAUGAUAAUUCUCCAGGUUUUUUGUCAGACCAUAGCAGAGAUCAAGAACAAAAUCUUUAUCUAACCCCAUCCCCUCAGAUGUAUUCCUCUGGAGGAGAAGAAAUGACACCUAGACAAUCUCAUCAAAGUUAUCAUCACAUGGAUUCGGUUGAAUACAAACCGGAAGUAAUGGAAUACAAACCAGAUGUAGAAGAGCAGCGAUACAAGCAGGUGGAAAUGAACCAAAUCACGGAACCUUCCUCUUCAACUAAAAGUUAUGUCGAAGGAUCCAGGAAUGGUGGAAAGAGAAAAAGAAAAUCGAGUACCAUUGAAAAUGAAUCUGAAACGGAAAGUAACGCUUCUUCGACAAAAACGAAGGUGAGAAGGAAAAGUGGAGCAACGUUUGAAGAAAUUCAAAAUCAAAGAGUGAUGGCCAAUGUGAGAGAAAGACAAAGGACUCAAAGUUUGAACGAAGCAUUUGCUGCACUUAGAAAGAUUAUACCAACGUUACCAAGUGACAAGUUGAGCAAGAUUCAAACAUUAAAACUAGCUACCAGAUACAUUGAUUUCCUGUUCCAGGUAUUGCAUUGCAAUAUGGAAAACACUGAGGGUGCUGAUGAUGCUAAUCCCCAUGAAGAAGUGGUUCUGAUUCGAAUAUCAACAACUAUGCUAAGUAACUGUGUCAUCUCUAGAGGUAGCCCUUCAGGCGAAAGAAAUCCAAGAAGUGCUGUUCUAGCCGCCAGAGAAAUAACUUCAUCGUCGUGCAGCUAUAUGGCUCACGAAAAACUUUCAUACGCUUUUAGCGUUUGGAGGAUGGAAGAUGACUGGAAUUCGAAUCUUUAGAAACUUUAAAAAAUACUUUUUGAACGCUCAACAAGGUAAAAGUUAAAUUGUUUAAAUUGAUAAUCAACGCUUUAAAUGUUGUAUGAAUAUCUAGAAAAUAUAGAGAAAUUUUAAGACAAGAGCUUAACAAUGCUCAGCGAUUAUUUAAACAUAUUUCUAUGAAAUGUUCAUGACGAUGUGCAAACUGGAAGUUUGUUAAAUUGCGUGUCGAUUUCCUAUUUUCGCUGGCACGAAAAUAUUGAAAUUAUAUGAUAAUAGGGAAAAGACAAUGUUAUACAUAUGAAGAUAAUCUAUUCAGGAUCAAUGAUGCUUUUAUGGAAUAUAUUAUUUAAACAUUUAUUUUUCAAAAAUUAUCGAAUUUUUUAACAUUAUAAUCAUAUAAGAAAACAAUCUUUUUUAAUAUCACAUCUUUCUAUUUCUUUCAUCGUCUAAAACGAAUAAUUUUAUGAAUAUUUUUAAUUUUGAAAAAAUUGAAAUAAUCAUAAAAUUAUGAUAAAUUAUUUUUUAAACAAUUUUUUGUGCCGUCAAUUUAUUUCGUAGGCUUCUGUGAUGUGUUUAGAUAUUACUCUAAUUCAUUUUUAUAUAUUAAGAAAACAAUAUGAAUUAUUUUAUUUACCUUUUUAAUCCUUUAAUAAUAAUUCGGUAAUGUAAUGAUAAAAGUAAACAAAUUAGAAAAAGAUCAAUCAAUUCACUUUCCAUUUAAAUAGCAAUAAUUUUCGUUUCUUAAAAUAUUAUUUGACAAAGAUUAUAUUAAAAAUUAUCUUUUUCCUUUGUAAAAUUAAUUAUUAAAAAUUGCUUGUAAUUUAAAUCUGAAGCAUGGAAUAAUGUCACACUUGCUGGCCAUUACGAAUGACUAAUUAAGAAUAAUUAUUUCUCUAGAAGGAUUAAAGACAUCUUUUAUUGAUCUUUUUGAAAUCACGACAGUCGACUUCGUGAUAGAUCAAGAAAGAUUAGAUUCAUGAGACAUAACGUAGGUCAAUAAUUUAUGUCUUCUUUUCGUUCUAUUAACAUUGGAAUGUUUUUGGCUAGUUAGCUAAUUCCUCCAUAAUUUCUGAACUAUAUGAAAGUAAUAAUAUAAUAGUUCAUUAAUGAUCUUUUCUGUUUUCUAUCAAUCUCAAUCUUCGAAAUGAAGCAAAAUGAUCCAAAAUAAUUUGUUGUACUAAUUCGUUAUAUAUAUAUGUUCGUACUUAUUUACUCAGUUAUUUUUUAUAUUUAUUUAAUAUAUAUAUAUAUAUUAUUAUUAAAUAAAUUUAUGAUAAAUUUAUUUGUCAAAAAAAUAUCGUAGAACAAAAUAUAUUUUUCUUUAAAAUUUUCGUUUACAAAUAUUUAAUUCUUUAUAAAUUAUUUAUUGGCCAAUUCAUAUAACUAAAUAAAUAAUUUUUUAUAAACUUACAUAUAAUUUUUUAUAAAAUUACAUAUAAAUUAUAUGUAAGUUUAUAUAAAUUUGAUAAUUUCCUACAAUAAUACUUAUAAUAAGUAUUCUGAUAGUACUUACGUCAAAAAAUAACCCCUAAAUCGUAUAAUAGAUACCAUUAGAGAUUCUCUAAACUUUACCAAUUUUCCUUCUUCAGAUCCAUGACAGACAGUAGUAUCAUUGCUACAAUUUUACGAGUUUUUUUACGAGUCUCGAUGAUCGUGGCAGACUAACGUCUCGACGUUGUGGAAACAAGUUCUAACUGCUCCGACGGGUAGAUGAAACUUAAACAAAACAACCGACAGAGAAACAUUAACGAUCAUUUUGGCGCCAAUAGGUCGGGGAAGAUAUCGUACCUUUUUCAACUUUUCUUCUUUUCCAUAUUUUAUCUGAUGAUGAGAAUAACUUUUAGCAAUAUCUAUUAUUUCAUAGAUGUUAUAGUUAGUUAAAGUAGAGUAAUUCCUUCAUAGUUUAGUCAACUUUAUAUGAGAAGAUUUUGAACACAACCAGUUAUUUUAAACCAAGAAGACAAGAAGGGAAAAGUUGGGUCUACGUUUGACUUGCUUAACGAAGAUACGCUACGUUAAAUCCGCCAGCGUCUUUAUUGCCGCACUGAAUCUUCGUGAAAAAAAGUUUGCCUCCAAACGAGGUGCCAUCAGUGUUCCCCUUGAGAAGCUGUCAGGAAACUAUUCUCUUUUCCUUUUCCUUUUUUUCCCCUUGUUAAAGCUUUAUAUUAAUUUCGAAAGAAAUUUUACUGAAAAAAAAAAUAUAUAUACUUUUCAAGUAUCUAUCUACAAUUAUAAUUUUAUAAUUAUAUUAAAUUUUACAAUAAAAUGAAAUAAAAAUAAUUUUAGAAAAUUUACUGGAACGAAAUUACUUUUUUAGUCCUUAUUUUUUAUUCUUUAUGAACAUGUUUCUUUUAUCAUCAAAAUUUCAUUUAAAACAAUUUUACAAUUAUUUCUUCUUUAUUGCUAUUCUUCUUCUUUAUUCUCUUCUUUUUCUUCUUUUAUUAUCGAUGUCUUGAUUAAAAUGGUAAUAAUGAAUUAUGUAGAAUUUUAGCAGCAAGUGUGACAAGUUUCCUCACAAUUUUUUCAUUGAUACGCUUCAAGCUAAAUUUUUAUAAAUAUUGAUUUAAUAUUAUGCAUGUUAUAUUCAUUCAAAUAAAAAAGUUGAGUAUUUAAAUAAAAAAUUGAAUAUUUUGAAAGAAAAAAAAAGAACUUUGUAUAUUUUGGUGUAUUAUUAUGCUGAUUAAAAUGAUUAAAAAAUUAUAUUAUAAUACUUAGGAAAAUCACUAUAUAUAUAUAUAUAUAUUUCAAUAAAAAAAUAUAUAUAUGUAUACAUAUUGAAUUAAAUAAAACACUUAACUUUAAUAACAUUUUUUAUAAAAAAACUGAAGAUUUUAGAUAAAUUAUUUCAUAUGUAAAGUAAUCUCGAAUUUGUCUUAACAAGAUCAUAAUUUUUUUAUAAAUUUCUUGUUAAGAAUAAGUGUCUAUCCUAUAUAUUAAUAAAAAUCGAGAUUGCUAAUUUUUCCCAUGUAUAGAGUUCUUCACACAGAAGAUAUAUUGUACCUUAUAUAGCAAAUUGUAUUUAAUUAUAAGUUUUUAAAUGUCUUAAACAUACAGCAGAAAGAACCAAAAAUUUUGUAUAUAGUAGACUAAGAACAAUUUUCUAUGUUGUAUAUUCUCAAACAAAGAGAUUAUUAAAAAAAUAUCUAUUUUCGUCAUAAGUUCACCUUUAGUUUCAUUACCUUAAGGUACAAUGUGGCCGGAAAUCGCAAUAAUUUAUUUUUCACUAAAUAAUUAUAAUAAUCAUUAAACAAUAAUCUUGUAAAUAAUGUAAAUACUAAAAAUAUUAAUAUUAAAAUUAAAUUUUUUAGAAGCUUAAAUUAAGAAGAAGAAAUUCUUUUGAAACUUUUGAUAAAAUUUCUAUUUGUUUUUUUCUAUGUAGAUAUAUAUUUAUGUGAAAAUAAAAUUUACAAAUAGAAUCUAUAAACUAAUUAAUAUCUUAAAAAUUUUCAGUUUAAGUUUCAAAUAGAGUUCGUUUUUUUUAAAUUUAAGAUUUUUUUAUUCUAAAUGUUGAAUUAUAUUAAUUUUUGUAUAAAUGACCGUAUGAAAUUAUUUUUAUAUAAUUCUUGAUAAUUUUUUUCGAGAAUUGCAACCUUUGAUGAUAAUGUUUCCUAAUAAUAAGGUAACAUUUGAAUUUUCAUUCCUUGAAACGAUGCCAAAGUGCAUUUUUUAAGCAACUUAUCAGAGUGUAUUUGCACAAUUAAUGUACAGUAUUUUUAUAUAUCAAUUGCGAACAAUGCAAUAAAAUUGAAUACUGAAUAUAAAUCUUUCAUAUUUUUUAUGCACCUCAAAAUUUUCCAAACCUAUUGUUUUUAAUUUAUUUAAUUUAUUUAAUUAAUUGAUAAGUAAAGACUUUAACAAUUAAAAAAUUAAUUUUUCAGUUUAAGAAUUUUAAAUAUUUCAUUUAAAAAUAUUCAAUCAAAAAAUAUCUAAAUCCGCAAUAAAAUAUGUGAAAAUGAUAAAAAUAAAAUUUGUCAUUUUUGUUGCGCCUACUAAAGUUCCAUCAACACCGGAAGUUCUAUUGCGGAAGCGGAUGACGUUUGAUACAUAAAGGAUCGUCGCAUAAUGCUUAGUUGAUGUUACAAGAGUACUUGUAACGAAUUCAGGCGCGAAACAUAUGGAUAUUCCCAGAUCGUAAAUUCGAAGAAACAUCUUAGAAAGACGAGGAACGAAACAGUGUCAGAGGAGAACUGAUAAAUAAUUUACCAAAUGCCAGCCGAUGGCAGGCUUAAUGGAUUAGACGAGUCAGUGCAAAUAUUAUUGCAAGGAAACGGCAGUUAGCAACGCCCAGUUUGUCCGAUUGGUCAAAAAUGAUGUCAACCGGUUGUCUUUUAGCCAAUCAACGUACACCGGAUGUUCGUUGGAUCUUUUCAAUAUAUUUUCUCCACUAUUUGUCUUCUAUUUGUCGUAAGGAUAUUGUAAUUUUUUUUCUAAUAGAAUCUUCAAUAUUAUUUCAUUUCGAUCCCUAUAUUGUAUACAAUUUAGAUAAAAAUUAAAUAACUUUUCAAUAAAAUUUAAAUUAUAAGGAGAA